CGGGAAUUAAAAGCAAUACCACCCAUUUUAAUUACGACCACGUCACACACCAUCCCCCCCCUCUCCCUGCACCAUGUCACUUUCAUACCAACCCAAAUCGUUCCUCCCGCAGGCGUUGGCCACGGGACUCCAGGCACGGAUGUCGAAGGACCCAAGCAACGCGCUCAUCGUGCAAACGGCACCACAGGGAAGACAAGCCAAAAGACACGCACAACAAAUAAAUUACGCUGAAUUUGAUAAUUUGAACGAUGACUUUGAUUUUGAAGACACAACAAAUUUGAACACCACUGCGAGUUCUGUGACAAAUAGUCAAAUGUCGGCAAAUUCUCAGAAAUUUUUUCUCAAGAGUGCGAGAAGAAGUCGUCACCCUGAAGGAAUUGAUGAUGAAGAAAAAGUUAAAGCAAUCGCGGUUUCAACAACAUCAACAAGUUCAAAUUCGAUGGUUGUCCCCACAACGGGGGAUUCACAAAUUGUGAACCACCCCGCCGGGGCCGCGGGUUCGACUUCGGCCGCGGUCUUAAUUCCAAUCCGACUUGAUUUUGAAUACAACAACGGGAAUUCAAAACUUGUAGAUUUUUUCAUGUGGAAUCUUCAUGAAACCCUUCUUACCCCGCACCAAUUUGCCACAUUACUCUGUGGAGAUUUAGAAUUACCCAAUCAUCUUCAAAAUGAAAUCACAGAAUCAAUCACCAAACAAAUUGAAGAUUAUUCAUUUGCAUCAUCGUUACAACUCCCAUCCAACAAGGAGUAUCAUGUGAUCAUUGAUCUUUCGGUUAAUCUUGACAAAAAAUUAUAUCAAGACAAGUUUGAGUGGAACUUGGCGCAGAAUGACGUCACCCCGGAACAAUUUGCCGACAUUGUGGUGGCGGACAUGGGACUUUCCUUAGAAUUCAAGCCAGCAAUUGCACAUUCAUUACAUGAAGUGAUACUUCGGAUGAAACGAGAGAUUUUGGAAGGGGUUUAUAAUCAUGAAUUGCACAAGUAUCAACAACAAAGUGGAUUAAUUUUCGAGAGUGGGAUCAGAAUCUUGACUGAAAGUAGUAACCAUAACGGGAAUGAUCAAUGGGAACCAAUUGUUGAAGUGUUAACCCCAUGGGAAAUUGAAAAGAGAGAAAUUGAAAGAGAAAGAAAUAUCAGAAGAUUGAAAAGAGAAAAUAUUAGAAGAGAAGUUGAUGACUUUAGUGGUGGUAAUAAGAGACGUGCUGGGGUUGGAAGAAGAAGACAUGAUGAACUUGAAGUUGGAUGGAAGAAUUUUUGAAUGGGAAGAAUACAAACCACAAAAAAAAAAUGAAAACAGGCAAAGGCAAAGGCACGUGUGCGUGCACGUGCGUGCCGCUAAGGGCCAACUCCUGUUCGCUUUAUAGAUGAAUCGAUGAAUAGAUGAUGUG